AUGCAGCACAUCAAGAGUAAUAAUGAAGGAAUGCACACAAAAAACAGGUCAAAAGAGGCUCCAGAUUGUCCAGCAGUCAUAGCACCUUUUAAUCCAUAUGAGUCAGCAUACCAACAUGAUUAUACUUCAAAAACCUCUGGAAUUCGAGAAUCCUUUAGCAAGGGACCAUGGUACGAACAUAAAAGAAAUAAUCCCCAUCCUGAUGAAAUAUUCAUGGUGCACCAUAUAAAUCGAAAAGAGGUUGAAAGAGUUCCCACUCUUUGUAUGGAUUGGAACAAACAUCCUACCGAGAAAGAGAUUCGUGAUAUACUUGGACGGGAUUUCUCCACAGAAUAUCAGGACCAAUUUUUAGCAAGGAUUAAAGGACACCUGCUAAAACCUGUUCUUCCCAGACCAGUUGUGCAGAAAAAGGAAAUCCCCCAUCCGCUGAUCACAGAAUUCCGUGAUCAGUACCGUUUACCAUACUUAAACAAGCAUUUAAUGAGUAGCAUUGCUCGCAAUGGCAGCAAUGCCACCCGGGAUAUUCCACCAAAAGGAAUAGUUCCAGCUGUAACAUAUGCUCACAUCAAAAACCAAGAGAAUAGGAAGAAGCUGACAACUUAUGAGGAAAGUUACAGUAAUGCCCAUGAAGACGUUGCCUCAUUCUUAAAAUCUGUGGACAUUGAAGCCAUUCAAAGAGAACUCCAAAAUUCAAAUCCAAAUGAGAGAAAAGCACUCGGAAAGUUUCUGCAAAAUGUGACUGCACCCUGUGUCACUCAGCCUGUGAAAUCAAAGAUCUGCUAA